CAUCGAUUUCUUUACCUUUCAGCAGAGCAACAAUCACAACAACUUCAACAACGAAAGCUUCGUUAUCAUCAGCAACAGAUAUGGUUAAAGCUAUCAGAGUUCAUGAUCUUGGUGGCCCUCAGGUUCUGAAGUGGGAGGAUGUGGAAAUUGGAGAGCCAAAAGAAGGGGAGAUUCGUGUGAGGAACAAAGCAAUUGGGGUUAAUUUUAUUGAUGUCUACUUUCGUAAAGGAGUUUAUAAAGCACCCUCUUUACCCUUCACUCCAGGUGUGGAGGCUGUUGGGGUUGUGACAGCUGUGGGCACUGGAGUAACUGAUAGCCAGGUUGGAGAUCUUGUAGGUUAUGCAGGUCGUCCAUUAGGCUCAUAUGCUGAAGAGCAGAUUCUUCCUGCAAAUAAAGUAGUCCCUGUCCCUCCCUCCAUUGACCCAAUUAUUGGGGCAUCCAUCAUGUCAAAGGGCAUGACAACUCUUUUUUUGCUUCGACGUUGUUUCAAGGUUGAACCUGGUCACACGAUUCUUGUACAUGCAGCAGCUGGUGGAGUUGGAUCCCUAUUGUGCCAGUGGGCAAAUACUCUUGGUGCUACUGUUAUUGGAACUGUAUCCAAUAAAGUGAAGGCAGCUCAAGCCAAGGAGGAUGGCUGCCAUCAUGUCAUAAUCUAUACAGAGGAAGAUUUUGUUGCCCGCGUCAACCAAAUUACAUCAGGCAAUGGAGUUGAAGUAGUCUAUGAUUCCGUGGGAAAGGAUACCUUUGAGGGAUCUUUGGCAUGCUUGAAGCUUCGAGGCUACAUGGUAAGUUUUGGGCAGUCAUCAGGUACACCAGAUCCAGUUCCAUUAUCUUCCCUGGCUGCAAAAUCAUUGUUCUUGACAAGGGCCACCCUAAUGCUUUAUAAUGUCACUCCGGAUGAACUAUUGGAGGCUGCUGGAGAGAUGUUUGCCAAUGUUGCUUCUGGUGUCUUGAAGGUGCGUGUUAAUCAUACUUACCCAUUGUCUGAGGCAGCUAAAGCACAUGAAGACCUAGAGAAUCGGAAGACCACAGGAUCAAUUGUGUUGAUACCCUAAGGCUAUCAGUUGAGUGAAGGUGUUAAACAUCCAGUCCUUGUUUGAAAGGAACUAUAUGCUAUUGUAUGUUAUUCACCAUAAAGUCUUUGUCCUUGAAAAUUGAUUUUUCUGUUAUCAUGGUCAACUGGUCAUGAUAUUCAGAUAUAUGACUAUGUUUUUGGUUAAAUAGUAUUCUUCUCAUAUUGUCUUGUUUCAUACUUUACUAGUUGUUUU